CUACUACUACGAACACACCGCUCAGGGUGCAUACAAGUGUCGGACCGUGGCUGCAGAAAAGACUGGGGAUGGAAAAUGUACUAUAAACGCUGCUGGAAAAGUCUAUACAGAUUGCUGUGAAUCUCUGAGUGAAGAUGGCCCUCUUUAAGAACAACUUCUGGGGGGAGAAAAAUGCCGGCUUUGACGUGCUUUACCACAACAUGAAGCAUGGCCAGCUGGCAACCAAGGAGCUAGCCGAGUUUGUCCGCGAGAGUGCUGCUAUUGAGGAGACUUACUCCAAAUCAAUGAGCAAACUGGCCAAGAUGGCGAGCAACGGAAGUCCACAGGGGACUUUUGCUCCCAUGUGGGAUGUGUUCAGGGUGUCGUCAGACAAACUGGCCCUCUGCCACCUCGAGCUGAUGAGAAAGAUGAACGAUCUCAUCCGGGACAUCAACAAGUACGGCGACGAGCAGGUCAAAAUUCACCGCAAGACAAAGGAGGAGAUGGUGGGGACAGUGGAGGCGGUGCAGGUGCUGCAGGUUCAGAGUGGCCACCUUCAGAAGUCAAAGGAGGGUUACCAUGCCAAGUGUUUGGAGCUAGACCGGCUCAGGAAGGAGGGAGCUCCACAGAAAGAACUGGAGAAAGCGGAGCUGAAGUCUAAGAAAGCGGCUGAGUCAUUUGCGUUGUGCAUCGAGAAGUACAACCGCGUGGGAGGAGAGUUUGAGCAGAAGAUGAGCGAGUCCUCCCAGAAAUUCCAGGAAAUCGAAGAGGCCCACUUGCGGCAGAUGAAACAGCUGAUCAAAGCUUACUCCCACUCCAUAGAAGACACCCAUGUUCAAGUGGGACAGGUUCACGAGGAAUUCAAGCAGAAUGUGGAAAACAUCGGCAUUGAUAACCUCAUCCAGAAAUUUGCAGAGCAGAAGGGCACGGGCAAAGACAGGCCAGGUACAAUUCAGCUCCCUAGGAUGGAUUCUUGGCUUGUUUCCAGUAGAGCUCUGGUUGGUUUUGAGGAGUACAUGACAGCUUUGGCACCAGAAGGUGGGAAGAAGAGUCGAGCAAAAGCCUUCAGGAUCCCCGGCCUUGGCAAGAGGGACAAGGAGCCAGACUCUACAGAUUCAGCAGUGACGGAGACCCCGAAUUCACCCCUGGAAGUAGACGACGAGGGAUUUGUCAUCCGAGCUGACAGCACACAAAAUGGCUGCUCUGAGGAGAAGGAGAGCAACUUUUACUCCAGUGACUCAGACUUUGAUGACGAGGAGCCCAAGAAGUUCCACAUCCAGAUCAGACCGGUGGCGAGCAGCAGUCGCAAUAACUCCGCUGCCACAGAGAAAGAACUGAAAGCCACCGUCGGGGCGCUCACUCUGCCACCCAACAGAGGGGUCCGGCAACAGGUGUCAGUCAAGCGGCAUCUCUCCAGGAACUCGAGUACUGCGGGAGGUCGCUCAGAAGAGAGCGAAGGUGCCUCCCACAGGGAUGGAGAGCAGGAGGGCCUACGCAGGUCCACCUCCAGUCCUGAUCACAGCAGGUUAAGUUCAACGGCAUCGGGUUCAGACAGUCUGUUCGGACCUCCGCUGGAAUCGGCCUUCAAGUCCAAAAGCUUUGAUGGUCGGGAACAACUCAGAGAGCAGAGCGCUUUUGGUGCGACUGAAUAUGCCGCUUUCUCGUCUGACUCCUCCUCUCCGGAGAACGUCGAGGACUCCGGCCUGGACUCACCUUCCCAUCAGCCCCUUGGGCCCUCCCCUGAGCCAGUGGGUUGGGCAGCUUGGCCUCCUGUGUCACAGAGUAAAGAGCAGACACAAACACUGGGACGACCUGCGGACCCUUUCCUCUCUGCUUUCCGUGACCCCUCCCCUGGUCGGAGCCCUCACUCGCAGGACGACCCUGCCAGCGUCUGGUCCAUCGCCUCGUCACGUCCCUCUCGUGUCCCCCCAGACAUGGACCCCUCAUCCAUGCGGUUCCCUGCUUUCUCCCAGUCCCUUCCUCCACCUGAGAUGGAGUCAUCGGUGUGGAACUGCAAACACAUUCCCCCCGAGGACCCCUUCCUCGCUGCGUUUGAGAGGACUGUCACCCAGGAGACUUUAAACCUGUCUGAUGCCUGGGCGCGUCCACCACCUCGCACAACCCAGGAGGGCAGGGGAAUGGAGGUGCGAGGGGACCCAUUCUCCAUCGCCCUCGUCGACACUAAGACACUCCCAACCUCUUCCUCCUCCUCCUCUUCAUCCUCCUCCAAUCGUAAAGACAGAGACAGGAAACGAGACCAGAGCCUCCCGCCUCCUGUUACUUCUGAUGACCCGUUUGCAAUCACGAUGAUUGGCAGCCCAACGCACCAGUCGUCGCUGGCUGCAGCAGCUGGGUUAAUCCCUGCACACAGCAGCAGCAGCAGCAGCGGCAGCAGUAGUGGUGGUGGUGGUGGCUCUACCAAUAGCAAUAGGCUGGUGCUUGAUGUUAAUUCAAGCUCUUUGCCCACAGCUCAGCCCAAGAAGGAGCUGAUGCACUGGAACUCUGUCCACAACCCGUUUAGUGAAAGUGUCUCUGGAACGCUGAGCAGCUCCAAAACACAGGAGGGAGGAGGGAAAGGAGAGGGAGGGGGAGGAGGAGGAGGAGGUGGAGGAGGAGGGGAGAGGAGGAAACAUCGAUCAUCAGAGAGUGAGCCACGCAGGAACGCCCCUCCACUCACGAGGCAUUCGGGACCACAGGAGGAUCUGUGUUUUUCCACAGACAAAGAUCAAGACUGCCUGGAUCUGAACACUCAGAUAUCAUGCAGUAUCACCUCACACAAGGGGUCCAAGCAUAACUUCAGACAGGACACAGCUGAAGUGGUCGCAGCUGCUCCUCAGAGAGCGGCCCGGGCCAAGAGGACAUCAGGCCGACUCAGCGGCUGCGAGAGAUCCCGGUCCCUGUGCUCUUCCCCGCUGCCAGAGCCCAGCCCUUCCCUCACCUCCUCCUCAUCCUCUAGCCCCAGCGAGUGGGGGCCUCAGGCCAGGGACAACGACUGGGCGAGUCAGAACCGAGCGCCCAGUCCUGCCAGGACAGGCCAAUCCUCACCGCUGCCCUACCAGCACCAGGACCAUCAACAAAGACAGUUGCACCUGUCACGAGGCCCCAGCCCCAUUUCCCUCAGCACACAGGAGGCCUGGCCAGUGGCAGCAGCCAUAACAGAAUAUAUAAACGCCUACUUUAAAGGUGGACAACACAACCGCUGUCUGGUGAAGAUCACGGGCGACCUGACGAUGUCCUUCCCUGCCGGCAUCACCCGGAUCUUCACAGCCAACCCCAACGUUCCAGUGCUCAGCUUCAGGCUCGUCAACAUCUCAAGGAUUGAUCACUUCCUGCCAAAUCAAAAGCUGCUCUACAGUGAUCCAUCUCAGAGCGACCCAGACACCAGAGACUUCUGGUUCAACAUGCAGGCUCUGCAGCUCUACCUGCAGAGAGAGGCUGAACUCAACCCUCAGGCCUCGUACUACAACGUUGGCCUGCUCAAGUAUCAGGUGUCGUCUCAGGACCCGGGUAGAGCUCCCCUUCUGCUGUCUGCGGAGUGUCAGCGCAGCGGCACCGUGACCCGGGUGUCUUUGGAUUACCACUGCUGCCCCGCCACCGCCCCCUCCACCCAGCUCGCCGCUGUCCAGGUGCUGCUGCCAUUAGACCACACUGCCACAGACCUGCAGUGCCAGCCGCCCGCCUCCUGGAACGCUGAGGAAAGACGGCUGCUGUGGAAACUCCCCAACCUCUCCCCGACCAAUCACAGCAAAGUGGUGUUCCUCAUGUCUCUGUGUCUCUGCCUGUCGGUGGUGUCCCAGGCUCAGGGACUCUGUGUGCCAGCUGGCAGUGCCUGGAGGUCCCCCGAGGCCCUCCACCCAGCCUGGCUGUUCAGUUUGUGGGCUCCGGGGCCUCGCUGUCGGGCAUGGACGUGGAGCUGGUGGGCAGCCGCUACCGCAUGUCUCUGGUCAAGAAGAGAUUCGCCACAGGGAAGUACAUGGCCGGCUGCUCGUUGUGAAUCGUGUAAAGGACCAUUGCUGCAGGUUCAGAGGACUUCACACUUUUUCUCAAGUCAACAGCCAGACAGAAGGAGAUUAUUCCUGGUAAGACAUUAAAACUGAGGACUGACAUCUCAGCCUUGAAGGACAAUGUGCACUUACUUCUUACAGUGUCCUGCUGUUCUAGGACCAAGCCUUUUCUUCUUCUUUUCCUCUAAUUUAAGUUGUGUGUGUGUGUGUGUGUGUGUGUGUGUGUGUUGUACACACACUCAGUCCUGCCUUUAGCAGGAGCCAGGAAGAUAGCUCUUUUUCUAUUCAAUCUCCUCUGUUCAUUGUGCUCUGAGACUGCAAACUGAGGUAGAUGUCAGAACUUUUCUUAAAUUAUAGAGGAAAGGAAAAUAAAGUAAGUCUGGAACUGAGUUGCCAUGGAAACUAGGAUAUUUCAAUUAUGUAAAUACUGUAUGGAAUAAAUCUCUGGAGCAUCUCAAAAGAUCAAAUGAGUCACUUGUGAGUAAAGAUCUUCUACCAAACCUUAGAAAAUGCAAUGUUUGUAAAUCUGCUGUUUGUUCCAAAUAGAGGUUUUGUGAUGUUGAUGUUUGAUAAAAAUAAAUGUGCUCAAACAUUUUGGUGUACACCAAUUUAUUACACAUUGUGACCAAGUACAAAAUACAGCUGAACUAUGCAGUUUAUUACAGACCAUCAUCUGUCCUUAGGAUAGUUAAAGUGUAGUCAAGAACAGGUUUAAAAAUGCACAAAAAUAAGGGUUCAGUAUACUUGUAAGAAGAACCAAAUCUAGUUCAAUAAAAAAUAAUCCUCCGCCAAAAAUCUAAAACAGCCUUACAAAACAUUACAAAGUACACACAGAAAUUACUUUUUUUUUUCUCCAAAGCACUUGAAGGCAAAUUACUGUGACAGGCACAAGUUACAAAAAGCCUUAAAUAACUCAAGCUCAAGGAUUCUCAUCG